AAAAAAAACAAUCAUCAUCCGAGGGACGGUCUUUAUUACACAUACAAGGUUAUGGCAAAGCUUCGCAUCAUCCAUUUCUUAAUAUAGAUAAUACACCACCUCCCUGCCUCUUUAAGUUUGGGAUCCUCUGAAUCUCCCCAACUCCCCAACUUUAUCUUCUUCCCAGAAUAGUAACAGUCCUUGCAACUUGCAGAAGGGAUAAACUUCUCCUUCCCCAACACCCGUGCAGAUCUGUGUGUUUAGCUCUGCUGUUUUUCUGAAGAAUCUCACUUCCAUAGUUUCAGAGGAAAAAAGGUAUUUUUUUUUGUAAAAUACAAUCUCACAAGGCUUGUUUGGUUGUUUUUUUCCUGGGGAGUCCCUGUCUAAUGGUGCUGUACUGCUAUCAUAUAUCAAGGAACAACCAUCUCCUAUUCUCUUAAUGGACCCCUUCCCCUCCAAGUUUCACCCAACAAAACUAAAAUAAUACUCGUAGUUUAAUUUAAGUAAACAAAUAUUGCCAUCCCCUCCAAAAUCCCCAACCGAACAAGGUGGUGUGGUCUUAAUUAUUUAGUGUAAUAAUAAUAUAAAGAAUGAAGAUAAUAUGAGUUGAAAGAGUCUUAUUUAAUUCAUGGUUUAUAUACACAAGAGAUGAUCAAGAUAAUAACAAAAUUAACUCUAAAAUAGCCACCCAUCUGAUUUUCCUCUUUGGAGAUGUUGAUCCUAUUUAUCUACCAAGUUAAUAUUAAAAGAUAAGUAAACAAAAUAUGAAUAUAAUAUUUCAUUCAAAUUGUAGUUUGUACAAGCAAUUUCUAGGAUUUCGAGGUAUGUGAUUUCUUAUCAGAUUUCCUUUAAAGAUAACUUUUUUCACUGUUAUACAUAUUAGAGAAAAUCAAGAUGCAAUAAAAAAACUAAAAUUAUGACCUAAAGAAUUUCUCUCUCUUAGAGUCGUGAUUACAUUCAUUUACCAGAAUUAUUAAUACAAAAUAAGCAAACUGUACAUAUAAUAUUUUGUGUGUAAAACAAAUAUAAUCUUGAACUACUCCUAUAAUGUCAUCUUCGAAUGGAACCUCAAGUCUUACUAAUUUGUUUUCAUGCUGUUAUUCAUUCUCAUAGCUUAUGUUUCUUGGCAGGUUUUUGGUGCAUUAUGGGUCUCUCACCUUAUUCUUCUCCGAAUGAUGCUGGAGUUUUGUGUGUGAUUUUGGUCAACACUGCCAUAUCCAUCUCAAUUGUCAAAGACAUGGUUCGCUCAUUCCUCAGUAUCAUCGGCAUCCGGAUUUCGUCAUGGGAAGACUAUUCCAUUGACGGAACAAUGAUGGACAAUACACUUGAAUGCCGUGGAACUCCAUCGGAGUCCUACAUGGAGGAGUUUCGGCACCAAACUCCUGCAAUCCGUUAUGACUCGAUGUGCGCCGCCUCUAAGAACCAUCCGGAACAACAAGAGUGUUCUGUUUGCUUGACAGAAUUUGCACCUGAGGCUGAAAUCAACCGAUUGCCAUGCGGGCACGUAUUCCACAUGGCGUGUCUUGAGAAGUGGUUGAAGUAUUGGAAUCUCACAUGCCCUCUUUGCAGGAAUAACAUGAUCGCCCCCCAAGUAGGUGAGGAAGAUGAUGGUUGUCCUCCUAUGUGAGCGCUUAGAGGUUUGUCCAAGUCCACCCACCUUCAUGUGUAUAGCUUUAGGUGUAUUGCCCACCCUAUCACAGAUCAAGUUUUAUAUAUGGACGCUUGACUGUUGCGUUAUGGAAUAGUAGUGUUGUACCUAUCUUUAUCCGGCAAUGGUUGCGUCCUUCAUAGCGACGGGUCCUUGUGACUGUUAUGCAUUGCUGUACAUUUUCUAUAAGAUUAUAUAAUAGUAAUCUUCUUCAAUUCAGAACCUUCUCUCC